AAUUUUAUUAAAAUUUAUGCUCGCUCAACUAUUUUGCUUGGUUCCAUCAAAGACCGAGGGAGGGCUGUUUUUGCGCGCCAGUUAGAAAAACUGAAACUCUCUCUCCCUGCGCUUUCGCCUCCUGUUUCUCUUUCAACGCCAGCUUUCUACUGGGCCUCUUCCUAAACAAAGGCAAACUACAUAACCACCCAUCUUUCUCUUUUUCUUUCUCUUGCUGAUGAGAAUUUCUUCAGGGAGACGAGAGAACAGAACCAAAGGCUAAAAGAACUCUUUGUCAUUAUAAUUUAUAAUCACAUAAUGGAAUGCGAAGGCGUCCAAAAGCCAGAGGCUGUUUCUCAUCUCCGAGAGGAUAUCGCAUUGCUUCUUGCACGAUGGAAUGGCCUCCAAAUUGCUGUCAAAAACCAGUGGGGUGGCCGCGAUUCUCUCCAGAAAUUUCACCAGCUUGCCGCUGAUAUCUUGUCCUGGUUAUUUCAAUCUAGAGGGCCACUUUAUGUUGAAGAUUUGGAGAAUUUGCUACAUGAAAGUUUAUUGCUUUCUUUCAACACCGAGAUUGAGGAUGGUAGCCUUGAGGAGGUUGCAGAGCAACUGAUAAUGAUGCACGAAGAAUACUUGCACAGAAGUCAUUACACAAAAAAAUGAGACAAACUUUUUCAAUUAGAUGGUUAUGAAAGCUUGUGUUCAAACAGGGUUCGUUUGUUCAUGAGCUGCUUGCUGUAAUAAUUGAGCCAACUGACAUUCAAGUUCCCUGUUUUGCCAUUGGGUUUAUUCUGCUAUAGUUCAUAUGUAACCUCCUCCAUUGCCCCGCACCAGGGCGUGUGCAUGUUACAGCACAUCUACGUAUGUUUGUACUAAUGAUGUAUAGUAGUGGUAGGAAUUUCAUGUAAGAAGCAAUAGCACUGAGAAUUAUUUCUAUAGAGACCUCUUUUAUUAAAGAUGGAACUUAAUGGAAUUAAGUGUUUUUCGUAA